AUGUCUGCCAGGACGACCUCCCGCGCGCAGGAUGAGAAGACGGUGCGAGACUGGGGUUUCGGCCACGUCUUCACGUGGACAGAUGGGCCACUUGCCCACUACCCUCCACACUCUCAUUCCGGCUUGACGACACACUUGAUCCGUCGAGGCAGUUUGACCAUCACUUACCCACGAGAUCCGAAUCCUACCAAAGAAACAUUCGGGGUCGGCGCGAGGAUAGACGUACCGGCGGGGAAAGUGCACGAAGUGUGGAUGGGCGAUGAAGGGUGUGAAUAUGUCAUAGGGGAAUGA